AUUAAUUUCUUUUCUUGUGCAAAAAUUAAAGUCUCAUAAAAGAAAAGCUUCUAAUGUCCUUCACCAUACAGAUCACAGGCACCUUACUUCUUCCUCGAUCGAAACUAAAGUCUUAAUCAAUGGAGUCUAAUUCUGAAACCAGACAGCACACCCUUUUGAGCUCUGACUAUGGCAUUCAAAGAACCCAGUACCCAUACGUGACUGGAACAUCUGUUGUUGCUUUGAAAUAUAAAGAUGGGAUUUUGAUGGCUGCUGAUAUGGGUGGUUCUUAUGGGUCCACACUUCGAUAUAAGAGUGUGGAGAGAAUUAAGCCUGUCGGGAAGCAUUCUAUUAUCGGUGCCAGUGGAGAAAUAAGUGAUUUCCAAGAGAUUAUGCGAUAUCUCGAUGAGCAAGUCCUGAAUGACAACAUGUGGGAUGACAGAAACUCUUUGGGGCCCAAAGAGAUUCACAGCUAUUUGACCCGAGUUAUGUAUAAUAGGCGUAACAAGUUUGACCCACUUUGGAAUACACUUAUUCUCGGUGGUGUGAAAAAAGGACAGAAAUUUCUUGGCAUGGUCACUAUGAUAGGAGUAAACUUUGAGGAGAAUCAUAUAGCAACUGGAUUUGGAAAUCACAUGGCACAGCCAUUACUUCGUGCUGAGUGGCAUGAGAACUUGACAUUUGAAGAAGGUGUUACAUUACUGGAGAAAUGCAUGCGAGUGCUUCUGUAUCGUGAUAGAUCUGCUGUCAACAAGUUUCAGAUAGCUAAGAUUACUGAAGAAGGUGUAACAAUUUCUCAGCCUUACGCAUUGAAGACAUUCUGGGGAUACAAGGCAUUUGAGAAUCCAACUGUUGGUGCUGAAGGAUCAUGGUAGUCAGCUAGGAAGCAGCCACUUCGGAAAUCUUCACUCAGUCUACAAAUGGGACCUAAAGACAUGAUGAGCUGGAAGUUAUUGAAAGUCCUUUUAAUGUUCAAUUAAUGUUUAAAACCUUGAAUUGUUAGCUUGGCUUGAUCUAUGCCACACCAAAAUUUCUGGUUUAGGGUUGGUGGCUGGCUUGUGAGGAAAAGGAAUAUUUUGAAAUCAUCUGAACUAUAAAUGCUCAUCUUCCUUUACUCUAGCUGCUACUUUUACAGCUAUGAAUUAUGAAGUUUGCUUUUGUAAUU